ACUGUACUGUACCACGGAAACGGAAAUUCCAUUAGGGAACUAUAGCGCACUAUGUUUUUAUUUCACAACAGCCAUCUUUGUGUGUGAAUGGUGCUAAGAAUGAUGAUCAAGUUGUCACUUGUAUUCAUUGUUUUCUUUAACCGAGUCUACAGUCAAGUCGAUAUCACAUUUCCAUCAACUGACGCUGUAGCUGGUGAUGAUGCCAGAUUGGAAUGUGCAUUUAAUUUAGAAACUAGGACCUACAGAGCUUCUUUUCUGAUACAAAGUUAUGUAGAUGGACGUCAAGGUGAUACACUUGUGGGUUCAAGCUCAACAUCUGCUCCUGUGAGUAAAUACAGAGUUGAGGAAGACUUGACUAAUAAUCGAGUCUUUUUUGUGAUAACAAAUACAACAAGAAGUGAUGAAGGAUAUUACCUCUGUCUCAUUCAAAAUAGUGGAUUUGAUGUUAUUUCAGGUGAUCCUGCCAAACUAACAGUCCUGUUUAUCGACACUGUUACGAUUGACGUUAUUCCCAAUCCUGUCACUGAAGGUAAUGAUGUAACAUUUAAUUGUUCUGUAAAUGCGAAUCCAAUUCCAACAAUCACUCUCUUGAAAGAUGAUACUGAAGUAAAAAGCGAAACAUCAUCAAAUCUGACUUACAAAUUAUAUAGUGUGGAUAAGAGAAAUGGAGGAAACUACAAAUGUAAAGCAAGUAACAUGGCUGGAACUAGUACAUCACCAAUGAAAGUGUUGGAUGUUCAGUUUACGAUUGACGUUAUUCCCAAUCCUGUCACUGAAGGUAAUAAUGUAACAUUUACUUGUUUUGUAAAUGCGAAUCCAAUUCUAACAAUCACUCUCUUGAAAGAUGAUACUGAAGUAAAAAGCGAAACAUCAUCAAAUCUAACUUACAAAUUAUAUAGUGUGGAUAAGAGAAAUGGAGGAAACUACAAAUGUAAAGCAAGUAACAUCGCUGGAACUAGUACAUCACCAAUUAAAGUGUUGGAUGUUCAGUAUUUACCGGAAAUUACUUUACCUGAUAACAUGACUGUUACUCCUGGUGGGAAUGCUUUUAUUGAACCAAAUAUUUUAGCUAAUCCUGAUGACAUCACCUACCAAUGGAUCACUGAUCCUCCUGGAAUUGAUGAUGUCGAUUCAAACCCAGCAACUUUCACAUUCAAGGUCCCAAACGUUGUCGACACAAACUAUACCAUAACGGUGACUGCUACUAAUAGCAUUGGAUCUACAACAGAGUCAGUAAUAGUCAUUGUUGCAGGUGUUGACUAUUGCAUUUCCAGUCCAUGUGAAAAUGAAGGGAAUUGUAUACCUCCUUAUUCGGAGUUUACAUGUGAAUGUAAACCAGGCUACAGUGGGAGAUAUUGUGAAAAUGUGUAUUCCGGUGCAGCCUGUUCUAGUAGCACAAGUUUGACAAUUGGAAUGUUAUUUGUGGGCAUCAUUGUUGGAGCUUUCGGAGUAAUUGGUGGAUUGAUCGGCUACACUAGGAUUAAACAGAAAGCACAAAUAGACAAGAGAAGUACGGAUAAGAAAAAGCAAGAUACGUAUAUGGACUACAUGACAGAUAGGUCAAUUGCUGGCAAUGAGAACCAGACUUACCAAGAUCUACAACAUAGAGACGAAGAAACAGCUUAUGUUAAUGUGAAGCCGGGAAAGAGAUAAGAAAGUAAAGAGAACAGCUGGUUUGAGUGAAUGCUUGUUGCUUGUACAAGGAUCAUGAUAAUCCCAUCAAAUUUAAUCAAUGAUGAUCGUACAACCACGAACCUCUCCAAGAAUUUUUAGCUCUGUCCUGGUUAUCAAUUAAAAAAAAAAGAAGUAGUAUGUCCAUAUUAUAGUCAUGAUGUGCCUAUAUGGUAAUGAUGUGAUGUCAUCAGACCAUAUUUAGGCAUGUCGCAUAUGUUUUUCAAAAUAGAAUUUGUUAGUCUGGACAGGGCUUAAGUCCACGUAUCACAUCCAAUAUGAUACGUCACUCACUGGAUUCAUAUAUUUAAAAAGUUGGUAAAUGGCACCAUGAGUGUCGAUAGCAUGUUAGUCUGUAG